AUGGCUCGGAAGAAAUCGCGAAAGAAGAACAAAGAUAGCUCGCAAACCGAGCCGGACCCCGAGCGAGGUUCAGCCAGCAAGACGCAAGAACAGGAAAAGCCAAGCGUCUUGAAAUGUGCGGCUGAAUGGGUGGAGGGGGUUCAAUGCCCGACUGCUGCCAAGAUUGUUUGCCCAAAGUGUCACCUUGUCGCUUAUUGCAGCCAGGAUUGCAAGAAAGAACACGCAAAAGCACACAAAGCAUCAUGCCCACCACCACAUGUUCCUCCAACCGCAGGCAUCGACGGCGCCGCGAUUCCUAAUCACCCCAUCUUCGACACUGGAGUGUUCUGGGGCAAUCAUGCCGCGACUGACAUCUUGAACCUGGCAGAGAAUGAGGGAGCAGAGUAUGAUGGCUUCCUGAGGCUCCUCCUUCUCGGCCCUUUUGGUCUGCGGCAUCUCAUCUAUUCUGUCGCCGCCAUGCCGGAGACGGCGAAUCCCCUCAUCAACGUUGUUAUUUGCGAGACCGACUUCUCCCAACUUCUGCGGACGAUCAUUUCGCUGCACAUUAUGGUUUCGUGGAGGCAGGACCCUGAAGAGAAUACUGCAUUGAUCGCAGAGAUUGUUUCACACGUUUGGUAUUCGCUCAAGUGGCCUCAAGAACUCCAUUCUUACGUCAAGGAUACUGUUGGAAACGGUGCGUUAGAAGCCCGCGAACAUGUGCGAUCUUCCCGCGACAGUGGCACUGUCCGAACUCCAUCGGUCACUUUUGGCGAAGGCAGACUGCAACUGCACGCUCAGCUCGAGCCCGAUGUAUGGGAUGCUAUCGUGAAUCAAAUCUACCAAACCUCGUCCAAGAAUGAACGUACGGCUAGAAUGGCGAGGGAAACCGACGCUAUGCUGUACGGUGAGCCUCUGGAUAGGGUACACGCGAGGAUGUCGCCCUCAAGAGCGGCAGCUUUGAUGAAGUGGCGACAGGAUGGUAUCCUUAUGCCUUAUAGCAGCCCGACGGAGGCUUUUGUGAAGCCGAGCCCCAUCUUCUUCAACCCUGACGGGAGCCAACCCACCGGGCUGACCAACGAACCUCUCUCCGAAUGGCCCAUGAAGGGAAUUCUAGAGUACGCCCCGUAUCCUGCGAAAGGCGACGUGUAUGGCAAAAUGAGUCGCUACAUUCACGGCAAGAUCGUUGCAUUUCUAGAGCGGGUGCAGAGAAGAGAAGUCCACAUACGGCUCAUGGCUUGCGGCCUUACGGAGAUGGUGGGAAACCUUCGCAAUACUUAUGAAGAAGAUGCGCCCUAUUUCGAUCGCAUAGAGGUCGGACACCUCUUCGAGUUUGAGCCCGAGCUGUGUUUCUUGUCAUGCGCGACUUUGCUGCGACAUGCAGACGAGAACCCCCGGGCGACCAUGUUGACCAUGUGUCGGGAGAGCGUCGUCUCGGCAGAGUCGCCCAAGCUCGACAAGUAUGUGGCUGCUGAGAAAGAUCUCAUUUUCCAUCGAGGACUCGAGCCACUGGACGCCAUUAUACCACCGGCACAAGCUGCCGGCGAGAACUACAGCGCUGCCUCGUUGCCUCGACACAUGGGCAUCUUGCUCUUCCGCGACUGGGACAUGUUCUCCUACCACUAUCUGAACGAUGCAGAUCGCUUUGGAGGCCGAGAUCCCGGAGAGGGGUUGUCGCAGCAGCCCAAGGCCAGCUUUUUGAGAACGGGCUACAUGGGUGUGCAUCUGAAGCGCAACAAUACGGUUGUGAGUCCGUGGCCUAAUCGGUUAGUUCAUGGAGCCGGCAGCAAACCAUCCAAGGAAGAAGUGAUGCGCUGGAUGAGCUGGUCCACGACUAAACCAGAGCGGUGGCUGGAGUGGAAGAGAACAGGGGAUGUCAACACCAAGGAGUGGUUGAGACACAUUGAGAAAAUCAGGGGGCCUUCUGUAUUGGCGAACAUGAAGAAGCUCUACGAAGUUCUGCUGGAGCUUGAUCAAGCAAGAGAUUUUGACGAAGAAGAAGAAGGAGAAGGUGGAGACGAGGUUAUGGAUGUCAGGGUGAAGAAGGUUGGAGUGCGUGAGGAGGAGACUGAUCGAGGCUCUCAUGAUGCCAAGCUGGGGCCCGUCGGCCGGGGAUCCUCGGACAAUCAAGGCAUGGCAUCGGACGAAGCGGCCGAGGUCGAGGGAAAGUAUUGUCCGCAUAUGCUCUCCACCGGACCUCGUUCACGGCGCUGGACUGCUGGUUUCUAGCCUUGUUCUGCCUUGUCGAUCGAUGGGCGAUGAAAAACAAGGUUUGUUAUGAUCUCCAUGACUGAGAGCCUUGGAACCAGUCGAGUCGAAAUUGCUCGUGCCAAUUUUGUUGAUGGCCGAGGACAUAUUGGCCAGAUGAGAGGAGGGGGCCGGCCAAUGUGUCGCUGAGAAUAGGUAUU